CUUCUUCCACUUCGCUUCUGGUUAAAUUAGUGAACUGAUCAACAGUGGAAGGGAUGUCCACUUGAUAACUUGAUCCACUUGAUCAACUUCGCCAUUUGCCAAGCCAGUGAACUGAGUAAUAGAGAAGCGGAUGUUUAUCCGCUUCAUCCGCCUCGCUAUUGGUCAGCCCGCUGAUUUGGCCAGUAGCAAAUGGAUGAAUCUCAUAAUCGCGCGAACCGGAUAAGUAUGGCGCCUACUUUAGGCACGCGCCAUACUUGAUCCGCUUUAUCCGCAUGACCCACUUUAACUGCUUCACUAUUGGUCAGCUUGUUGAUUUGCCCAAUAUCGAACUGGACGGAGCGGAUCAAGCGGACCAAGUAUGACUCAGGCAGUGUCAUGUUGCGAAGACCACUCACUUCCAUCGAAAUAAAGGCAGACGAUAUUGACCAUAUGGAAAAGGUUUUGCUAGAGCUAUAUCAAAAAAGAGAUCCUUCGAAAACACCUAUGGAAACUGAUACUAACUACACAACACCUUCAACAGCGAUUUCCAGUGAACCCAAGCGACCUGUAUCUCCUACGGAGACGCUGUCUUCUAUGGAUACCUCUGGGAACCAAACUUUACCAACCUUUAUGUCUCCAGGAAACAGCUUCACCAAUGAAGGAUCCGCUUGAUGCAUCUUUCUCAUCUUGGAAAUAUGUUGAUUGCAAUGUCUAAAUGUUACGGGUUGUAAAUCAAACAUU